UUGUUGAAGAAAUAAAUCGUACGUGCCUUUGCUGACUUUUAUCUUUGAAUUAUUUUAAUCGUACACGUAACAGCUUUUGGUCUAGGCAGUGAAAGAACAAUCAAACUCGUGUUUAAUAUAUCGCGAAUGAUUGGUAUAAAGGAACGGAAUCGUACGGAGAGAAUGUCUUUCGUUAGUCUUCAUAAAAAGGAAAAAGUGAGUGUUGUGAAGAGAUGUCUUUCGGCGAAACGACCGAGAGCGAAAUCCUGUUUCGCUUCUAUAGAUCCAUACAUGGGCGAUUACAUCAGGCACCCAGUCCUUUACGAACUGUCGAGCAAGUACGGAGUUGCUGGCAGUGACCAGGUGCCCUUGCCUGCUCGUCUCGAUGAGCUCCGGGAACACAUACGCAGAGAAAUACGUAAGGAAUUAAAGAUAAAAGCCGGUGCUGAGAAGCUUAGGGAGGUUGCAACCGAUCGUAAGGCGCUAUCGGACGUGGCGACUAUCGUGAAGAAGGCCAACAGCAAGUUGAACGAGCUACAAGCCGAGCUCCAGCAGCUCGAAAGUCAAAUUAUACUGACGCAGGGCCAGCCGCAGUCGCCGCAACAAAAUCACUCCAACGGUCAAGCCAAUUGCGAAGUAAUAAAUGUGCGCGGAAUUGAAGAAAGCUGCAUUGCGCAACUGACAACUCAUCAGAACGGCGCGUACACACCUCUGUCACCAAUGGGACCUUCGUCACCGAGUCAGGAAGGUCUAUUCACAGAUCUUCGACUUUUAUCCUUGGAAAAGCAGCUUAACAUCGAAUUGAAAGUAAAACAGGGCGCGGAAAAUAUGAUACAGAGUUUGACGAGUGGGCACAGAGACAAGAAAUUACUUCAGGAAGCUCAGCAGAUGCUUGACGAUUCCCGCGCUAAAAUUGAGUUCCUACGCAUGCGCAUAAUGAAGGUGCGACAGGCACGCCAACAACAACAUGCUCGUGGUGACGCGCCACCUCCGAAUGGUGAAACAGGAGGCAAUAAAGAUAGGUACGAGCCAAGCUUGGAACUUGCUUUGGAGGAACGCGUCGAAGAGCUGCGACAUCGGCUAAGAAUCGAAGCAGCCGUUGUGGAAGGUGCAAAGAACGUAAUACGUCUUCUGCAAAGUGCCAAAGUUGCUGAUAAGAAGGCUCUAACAGAGGCACAGGCAAGUCUCGCGGAAUCCAGUAGAAAAUUGGACUUACUUAGAUUAUCUCUUGAGCUUAGAAGACAAGAAUUACCACCAGACAGUGGUACUGCUGCCCAAUUAAAGAGAGAACUAGCAAGUGUACAAUCGGCAAGUCCUGUUCCUGUAACUUAUACAUCGUUACAACCAUUUCGUGGCCCAUUGGAAGGUAGGGCUACGGUACCUGCAUCAGUUUCUAGAUGUGCUGCAGUCACAGGCCAAUUGGAGGUAAGAUUAAUGGGAUGCCAAGAUUUAGCGGAAGAAGUUCCUGGACGUACGAGAAGAGAACAUCCUGCCAGUCCUGAUUUACGCAGCUUCGUUAAAGGAGUAACAGGACGCAGUUCGAGUAAAUCUUAUAGCGUGAAAGACGAAACGAGUAAUGAUAUUAUGGCGGUUAUAAAAUUGGAUAAUCAAACCGUAGCACAAACUAGUUGGCGACCUUGUUCCCAACAGGCUUGGGACCAAAGAUUUUCUAUCGAACUAGAUAAAUCAAGAGAACUUGAAAUAGGCAUUUAUUGGAAAGAUUGGAGAUCAUUGUGUGCAGUGAAAUUUUUACGCCUAGAAGAAUUUAUCGACGAUGUGAGACACGGAAUGGCACUUCAAUUGGAACCCCAAGGAUUAUUGUUUGCUGAAAUUAAAUUUUUAAAUCCGAUGAUAUCAAGAAAACCAAAAUUGCAACGUCAACGUAAAAUAUUUAAACAGCAAGUAAAGAAUUUCCCACGGGCUAAUCAAAUGAACAUUAAUGUUGCUACUUGGGGUAGACUUCUUAAACGUUCUGCACCCUCUUUACAUAAUACAAGAAAUUCUGAAAGUCCACCGUCUGGACCACAACCGCUACAAAUUGUUUUUGAUACCUCAAUAGAAGAUAAGCCUGAAACACCUGGAGAAUUACCAGAUCCAGAAAAAGGAGGCUUAGGUGGUGCUCGACCAUUAGGAAUGGCAACUUCAACUAGUAGUCCAGUUUUACCACGUCCACCUGAACAUCCACCUCCACCACCGCCAACGAUUACUAAGAAACCUUCAUUGCCAGCACCUCCACCACCACCAAAAUUAGAUCAGGAGUUACAGAGUGCAUUAAGGGAGUUUGAUUUCCUGCACAACGAGGAGAAAGGGGGGUCUCAGGGUGCAAAUUUGAGGCCCCUUGUGACAGAGCCCCGUCCUGUGCUGAUUGCACCACCCUCUCCACGCACACCCUCGCCCCAACCCGUGGUCGAGUUUCCUGAAGAUGAGGUUGUCUACGAAUUACCAGUUAGGCCUCUACAAUAUAGAGAUAGUGCAUAUGAAUCUAGAAGACAUUCUCAGCUCACUGGCAUGACAUUGGACAACUUUAGAUUACUUUCUGUUCUUGGUAGAGGUCAUUUUGGAAAAGUUAUCUUAUCGCAAUACAGGAAUACAGGAGAAUAUUUUGCUAUUAAGGCAUUAAAGAAAGGUGAUAUUAUAGCAAGAGACGAAGUGGAAUCAUUGCUUUCUGAAAAGAGAAUAUUUGAAGUUGCAAAUGCUACGCGUCAUCCAUUCCUGGUUAAUUUGUUUGCUUGUUUCCAAACUGAGGCGCACGUCUGUUUUGUAAUGGAGUAUGCAGCAGGUGGUGAUCUUAUGAUGCAUAUACAUGCAGAUGUUUUUGGUGAACCACGUGCUGUAUUUUAUUCGGCUUGCGUUGUUUUAGGAUUGCAAUAUUUACAUGAAAGUCGAAUCAUAUAUAGAGAUUUGAAAUUAGAUAAUUUGUUGUUGGAUACGGAAGGAUACGUUAAAAUAGCAGAUUUUGGAUUAUGUAAAGAAGGUAUGGGUUAUGGUGAUCGAACUGGGACUUUUUGUGGAACUCCAGAAUUUUUAGCACCAGAAGUUCUCACAGAGACUUCGUAUACACGAGCUGUAGAUUGGUGGGGUCUUGGUGUACUUAUAUUUGAGAUGCUUGUUGGAGAGUCUCCAUUCCCCGGUGAUGAUGAAGAAGAAGUAUUUGAUUCGAUAGUAAAUGAUGAAGUUCGUUACCCAAGAUUCCUUUCUUUGGAAGCUAUAGCUAUAAUGAGAAGGUUGCUCAGAAAGAAUCCAGAUAGAAGAUUAGGUAGCAGCGAAAGAGAUGCGGAGGAUGUCAAAAAGCAAGCAUUCUUUAGGCACAUAGCGUGGGAUGAUUUGUUAUUAAGACGCGUGAAACCACCAUUUGUACCAGUAAUUCAUUCUGUGGAAGAUGUUAGUAAUUUUGAUGAAGAAUUUACAUCGGAAAAGCCACAGCUCACUCCGCCUAAGGAUCCUCGACCUCUCAGCGAUAUGGAACAGAGUUUUUUCAAAGAUUUCACAUACAUGGCUGAUUGGUGCUAACUAUAGUAAUAUGCUAUUUUAUGUUCUUCCAGUAAUAGUUCAUCUUUAUUUGUGCCCAAUAAUUUAAACAAUACUAUGUUACAUUACAUCAAGGUACAUAAGAGAUAGCAAUGAUACUGCUUAUCAUAAGAACGAUAUAUUGUGCUUUAUUUUAUUUUUUUUUGUUUUUUUUUUGUUUUUUUUUUGUUUUUUUUUUUUUUUUAACAAUAAUUAUUCUGACUAGAAAUCAAAACUUCAUAAACAUAUGAUUUACCAUUGAAUCUCGGAUUUUCAUCUGAAUUAUCUAAUAGAGAGACAUUUUAUUUUGUGCCAGACGCAUAUGUGUGGCUAUAAUAUUCUAUUUUGUUUGCAAUCAUUGCGUAAGUUAUUAAAAUAUAAUCAAUUAUUUUGAAAAUGGAUAUGUGAAAGAGGAAAAAAAAAAAGAAAAAAAAAAGAAAAAAAAAUUAUAGGAUUCAUAGUAAGACUUGUAUCACAUGUAUAUGUUAUUAAAAAACAUACGUCUAAAAAGAAAAAAAAGGAAAACAAAACAAAAAAAAAGAAGUAACUUUCAGAAUACUAUUGUCAACUAUGAUAAUAAUGCAAGAGAGAUGUAGAUAAAUAUUAUCAACACACGGAUCAUUUCUUUGCAUGUGCAUUUUUAAUAUAAAAUUUCCUACUAAGUGCAUGAGAAUAUAAGAAAGAAUAUUUUACAUAUAAAAUCAUAUAAGUAUACAACAGACAUAUUUAAGCACUGAUCAUUUACGAUUGCAUUAGAAUCACAUCUAACACUUUUUGAAAGUAAGAUAUGCCAUUUAUAAUCACACACUACAUAUUUUUAUUACUAUUAUUAUUAUUAUUAUUAUUAUUAUUAUUAUUAUUAUUAUUUUUAUUAUUAUUAUUAUUAUUAUUAUUAUUAUUAUUAUUAUUAUUAAUAAUAAUAUAACAUUUUUCAUUUGUUUACGAAUGACUAUUUACUUUCAAUCGUGGCAUGGUGAAUAUCCAUGUGUGACAAAAGUUAUCAUUACAAUUGUAAUAUCAAAGAUUUUUUCUACAUCGAUGCAAAGUUAAUUAAAAAAAUAAAAAGGGUUUAAAAAAAAAAAAACAGAGCAAAAAAGAAAGAAAAAAGGAAGAAAAAAAAAUUUUUACAGUUGUUCAUACUCAAGUGAUAUCGAAUUGAAAAUAAUCGCGAAUAUGCACAAGAUAAAUUUUUCAAUUGCAAAUUAACAUUCAGUGCUUUAAAUAUAAAAAGAAUGUGGUAUCUCACGUAGCUUAUUAUUGUUUUGAUAGAAAGAUGAAUUUUAAUAUUUUUUUUUUUUUUUUUUUUUUUUUUUUUUUUUUUUUUUUUGUUUAUGUUAAAAUUGACAGCAUGAUCUGACGGCAAAUAUUACUUUUGUCCGAAAAAAAAAAAAUGUCACGUGUGUAUUGUUUUAUAUAAUCGUAUGCUCUAUUUGUUCACAAUUUAUUAUAUUUUAAUUACAUAUACUCAUGUUUAAGGGCAUGAUAAUGUAUAUGUAUGUAUUUCAUACUUAUGCGUUAUAUCUUUUACGAAACUAUUUUUUCAAAGGAGUAGUAAAAUAUAUGAUUUAUAAGAUCAUGAGAAGUUAAUUCUUUAUAUAUUAUUAAAAAAACAAAAACAAAACAGAAAAAGAAAAGAUAGAAAAAAAAAAAUAAUAAUAAUAAUAAUAAUUUCAAGUCCAACUUCUAGUAUGUGUAUCCUUGAAUUAUUGUUAAUUUUUAUUUUUUAAUGUAAAUUCUUUAUAUUUUUCAAUUAUGAUUGAUUGAUAAGUUUAUUACAGUUUAGUUUUGGGAGGAAUUCGCGUCUUAUUUUUAAUAUUUUUAUAUAACUUGUAUAUCGUAUGUCAUAUAAAAUAAUUUUAUGAUAUAUAUAUAUAUAUAUAUAUAUAUAUAUAUAUAUAUAUAUAUAUCAUAUAUCAUUAUGUUAAUAAUAAAAUAUUAAUUUCACGCAUACGAAUCUGCCAUUUCUAUGGCAUUUGAAAAUUAAUAUUAAUGAUACUCUUUGAAUUUGUCAUACAAAACAGUAUUUGUUUUAUUAUUGUAUACUAUGAUUUUCAAUAUAUUGCGAUAAUAUUACACUUCUAUUAUAAGUUCAUUUUUGAUUUACGUUAAAUUUUAUUUUUUUAUGAACCUUUGAUAAAAGGUAUAUUAGAAUUGGACUUGACGAAUCUAAUAUAUGCAUUUUGCAUUCGUACAAGGUUGUUUAAAUGAAAUUUAAAUAUGAUCAUGCGAUAUCUAAUCUUAUUAAUCAUUUUGUUUUUUUUUUUUUUUUUUUUUCGCAAUGUUUAAACACACACAUAUAUAUAUAUAUAUAUAUAUAUAUAUAUAUAUAUUAAUUAAAAAUUAAUGUAUAUCAUUAUUAUUUUAUAUGAAAAAUGAUUUUAUGAUACAGAAUUCUGUGAUAUACUUCAAGAUUAAACAUACUUACUUUGAAACAUUCUCACAGUGUAAAUUUUGACAUUUAAAACUGAUCUUGUAAUUAUGAUUUUUAUAAAACAACAAUAACAAGAACAACAACAAAAAAAAAAACAAAACAAAAAGAAAACAAAAAGAAACCAUUCGGAGAGAUUUAUAGCAAUAUAUAAAAAGAAAUAAUAUAACCGAAUGACAUGUGAUAGUUUCGAGUUUUAUCUCGAAUUUUAGAUGCCUUACUGCUCUAAUAAAGUAAUAACUUGGUAUCUAUUUUAUAAAGAAGUCUUGUAAAUUAUAAUCAAACCCUGUUUGUAAGAAGGUGCUCAUAUCGAAACUGUUGAUGUGCCCUGCUGUUGUAUAAUUCCAAAAAAAAAAAAAAAGAUCUAUGGUCUAACUUUAUAACAUUUGUAACAUCACAGCAGAACAAAAUCACAGAAUCAGUAAUAUUAUAUAAAAAUAUUAUUUCAAAUUGGAAACGUUCAAUUAUAAUAAUGAAAGAGUAAGUAUAAAAGUAGCGCAAAAGAUCAUCACAAAGGUUUCUACAAUAUAAGUGCCAUGAGCCUAAUAAUGCAUAUUGAUAUAACAAUAUAAUCAGAUUGAAAGUUUAUUACAAAUAUGAAAACAUUUUUAAAUCAGAAAGAAGAAUAAUAAAAAAAAUAUAUGUAAUUCAUCGUACUCCAUCAUAUAUAUAUAUAUAUGAUAUAUAUAUAUAUAUAUGAUACAUAGUCAUAUUUUACUUUGCAGAUUUGUACUAUGUAAUCUUGUUUAUUUUUAUUUUUAACUGCCAAAGUAAAUGAUUUUUAACACAGUAGAUUCUCUGCAUAAUAAAAAAAAGAAGAAUUUGUUUGUUUUUUUUUUGUUUUUUUUUUUUUUUUUUCUUUCUUCGCUUAUGAUUCAUGAUCGACAUAUAUGAAACAUUAAUUAAAAUGUAUUAUAAAUAUAAAAUGAUUAUUUUAAUUUCUAUAUUUUUUUUUUUUUUAAACAAUAUGCAAACAAAAAAUUAUAUUAUUUGCAUUUAUUAUUAUAUCAAAAAUAUUGUUUGGAAGUUGUAUAUAAUACAUUUAUAUUUUACAAUCGUGUAGAUAAAUUUCGAAUCAUGAAUGAAAUGUUUUCAAUAGUAUAUGAGUUUCGGGGUACUGAUUUUUUUUUUAUAUAUAAAUAUAUAAGUACAUAGUGCUAAUAAGAUAUGAAUUAGUAAUUUUUUAAUUAAUACGUCUGCUAUAAUUUAUCAUUAUGCGUUAUGACAGAUAAGAAUGUGGUAUGUGCCUCGUAUUUUGUAGAAUUUAGAAUGUCAUAGAUAACUGUUAUCAUAAAAUAAGAAACAUAUAAAGAUUUCUAAAAAUUUAUUUAUUUGAUACAUAUAUUUACAGUGGCAGCUUAUUACAUAUCAUCAUAAGUAAAUUACGUAACUCUUAGUGAUAUUCUCUUCAAAUUUAUGAUCUUAUAUAUACGUAUAAGCAUUACUCGAUUCAAGAAUAAAUUUUUGAAGAAUGUA